AGCGUGGUCUUUAGCGCAGAAUGGCGUUGCUUACUACUUAGUCUUGCGCGCGCUUUACUACUCAUGCAAAGUUCUCCUGCUUGCAAUGCGACCACUAGUUCUUCAUGUAUCUGCUCUCAAUGAUCUCGAAUACAGCUUAUUUACUUCAGCUCUCAAUGAUCUCGCUGUUUCACCUGACCCAAACACCGUCCACAAUGAUGCUCACUUUGAAGCCAUGUCCGUUGGCGUCCGCGAAGUCAGAGCAUGGCUAAGAGGCAGAUAUCCUAAUCUACCAACUGCGGAUAUUGACAAGAUCCUGAAACUCUUCUACCCAAACUUGCUCCACACAGAUUGUCUCACCGGUGGCCAGUUUUUUGCUGCACUCAGGCUUGUCCUUCAUGCUGUGUCAGGUAAAUGCGUUGAUAGAACUCUCGCGUUUGUCCAAGUCCACCCAAUCCCCGAAGUCCUUGAACGCUCAAGAUCAAGAUCAACUUCUCCCUCAAAGCUUCAACUCAAUGCUCCGCCAGUUCAUCCCGACCGACCCAAACAAUAUGCCACAUCCUCAAACUCUUCUUCUCCAGACACAAAUCCCUUUCGCCAGUCACUCGAGUCUGAAACGCAGCACUCAUUAUCAUCUGUUCCCGAUCAAUCUGACACCCCUCCCGUCAUACCCUCCCGUCUGCCACAGAAGAUCAGCCAUAAUCCGUUCUUGAUACGGGACAAAGUGAAUGGGACAGACCCUGCAUCGGAAAUCCCCCGAGAAGCGCAACGAUGGCAAAAUACCACCCCUUCCUCCUCGAAAACCAGCACCCUUGGUUUCCCAACCACAUCGCGCAUCAUUAGCCCAGUCCCGAAGCGUACCUGGUCUGGCACCAUUCGAUGCUCCUCGCACAAGCAUGGUCAGAACUUGAAGCGUGUUGAAGAACAGCUGGAUCGUGAGCGUGUUCUACAAGUGCUCAAGACGACAUCAUCCGGUUCCUCUACGUCUCGUGCCAUCUACCCUGCGCCACCAACCCACCCGGAUCGCAGACCCACAAACGACACACCAGAGUCCAUCACGCCUUCCUCCAUACGUCCCACGCGGUCCAAGUCACUGCGCCACACUGCAACGCCCCCACUUCCCCCACCUCGGCGCAAGCGUCCCGAGAGCAUACAGCUCACUACAGCGUCAAGCACAACGGAGCUCCCCUCAUCCGUAUCCGCAUUUCCCCCCCACACACGAACAUCCUCAUUCCAGGGCCUCUCUCGCCAUCUCUCUUUAACAAGAGACCGGGACACCACCGACGCUUCACCAAUGUCCCACAUCCAGAAAACUAUCUCGAAUCUUCAACUCAAAGCCCAGCCGAAACUCGAUGCGGCGCGGUACAAAGCUGAGGCAGGUCUCAGUCGGCGGGGGUUCGAGGACGACGAUGGUGCUCAUGUUGAUCGUGAUCCGUAUACGGAGUCUCCUACUGACAACGAGCCGAGCUCAGGGGAAGACCUGGAGCGGAUGAAGAAUUCUGGAGUACAUCGUGACUUUCUGAAGGAAACAGACAACCUCAAAUGGCCAGCAGGCGAGGGAUGGAAACCUCUGUAG